UCAUUCAUCGAUAAUAUACCUGAAUUCCUACCUGUAGGUAUUGGUGAUCCACUGCCACUAGAUACGGAAGCCCGUUAAGCACAAGCUUUUUCUAUUUCAUCCAAAACCAUUUGAUCCAUUUGUAGCCCACCGCGGUAUUUUGAAAUGUAUCCGUUACUACACAUUUAAGAUGGCAUCUUACCUAACUUAUAAUGAUAUCAGCUGUAUCCAGACAACGUAUGGUUGUUUGUUACGUAUUUACUUGUAUUUUCGUGGUUAUACAGCUUUAUAUUCAGCUGUAUGUAUAUGUUUUCAAAAGUCCGUUCUUGUCUACCGUCGAAAUUUCAAGUCGUACAAACAAAAAUGGUAGCCUAAAUAAAAUAACAAAGUGUCUUCGCAGUAAUAAAUACGUUUGGAGUGCUUACAACCGCACAAAUUCAGAAAGCUGCAAGCAAAUAUUUAUUGGUGUAGGUUGUUCUCCUGUUACAUACGAAAGCUUUUCUAGCAGCUUUUGCCAUGUUCAAGUUCCCUAUUACUUGGUAUCUAAUUGUUGGUUGUGUCCAGCCAAUGGUAAAAUAUAUCAUUGUCUUAAGUAAUUCACAAAGGUUUUCUGCAGUUUAAGAUUCGUCCGCUUAAUCACUCAUUUUACGAAGGCAAGUGAUUCAAUUUCAUGGAGAUAGAGAUAGACAUAUUUAUUUAUUUAAACAGAAGGAUGAGUGCAAGAAGGCACAUAGAUCAUUCGAUUUGUGUGAGGGCCAGGGUACUGCCACUGGGCUUAUUUUAGUGUUUAACAAUUAUCAGCAAGCGCAGUACCCUUGUGAUAUUGACUUCUAAUAUUAACUUUUUCAAGAUAUGUCUUCUAUGCUAUAUAUACCGUUUUACUCCCUCUCCACCAAAUAUCAGCUUAGAUGCCGUUUAGACUUUUGUGUUUCGCAAUAUUUUUUCUUAAUAUUCAGGUAACCUUAGCGAACAACCGUCUUUCGUCGGCUGCUUCCUCAUCCGUCACAGUGAACUUAACUUCGUUAAGUCGAGUGAAUACAAAGAUGAUAAUGAUUGUCUGAGCAUCUGUCGUUCUCUGGGCAUAGCGUAUUCAUGGUUAGGUCCUAGUCAUACGUGCUGGUGUAUGAUGCAGCUACCGAAUGAAUCAAGAAGCAUCCCUCUUUCUCAAUGCAGCAUCACUUGCACUCUUGAAGGACACGGUUUCGGUCCUAAUAAUGAUCCGCUUUGUCCUGACCCAGUCCCGGUCCGGGUUUAUGCGACAAAGGCAAGUCCUCCUUGGCAUCCUGUUCCUCGUAAGUUUUAGUAAUUUUGUUAUUUUCUGGUAUGGCGUAUUUGUGUGUAUUUGAUAAAUAAUUUGCUGUAUGAUAUAUGCUCUUUUACACAAGUUUAUUUUGUUAUCUUCAUUAUUCAGUCACUCAAUAUCCAGACAGUGAGAUUAGGAUGGAUCGAAAAAUAUGUAUUGACAUUGUAUAUUUAAAGAAGUUAGUUGUAAAAAUAAUGGCACGAACAAAAGCCAAUGAAUUUUUUAGUUUUCCUUUCGAACACAGAUAAACUUAUUUCUUAGUUUCAAAAUAAUUUUAAGGUUUUUCCCGGGUUUUUGCCCCACAUAUUCCAGUGUUCAUCAUUACUGGACUUUCACACCGGAUUACGUAUUCGAACAUCGCUCUAUCUGCUUUAGUUUGGGCAUUCUGGUAGCGUCAUUAGCUUACAAAAACAUAUGACCGAAAGGUUCGUGUACUUGAUCUUGGCUGAUGAGUUUCAUCAAAUUAAUCUAGAUUUGACCAACAUUACCUAUCAUGAUAAUAUUCUAGUCAUAAUUGGUCUCAUCACUCAUCACGUCUGCUUAAUUUAAGAGGUAGAAACCAGUGUCCAUGGGAUUGAGACCGACAGUAACCCUAGAAGGGCUAAAGGUGGAGUUUAGCCAAGUUAGGUACCAUGAACGCAGAUUUAAACAGAAUUUCAUUUUUCUUCGUUCGCCAAUUUAAGACCCACCAUUCACCAAGCGGGAUUUGUGAUAUUAAUUUCCAUUACUGUACUUCGACAUUGCAUUGUAAUGUAAGUUCUUAAGAAUGCUAUCGAGUAUUGUAGUGCCAUUUAAUAUCUCUAUUUUCAGUUUCUCUUAAGUCUGGUCUUAUCGACCUAGUAUCUUCGAAACCAGUAAGGAUAGUCUAUCUACUUGUCUGGAAUGGAAGGAGUUGGCCCCAUAUCCGUCGAAUGUUCGAGCUAAUAUACAACACUCGACAUUAUUAUUACAUUCAUGUGGAUGCGGUUAGUAAUUACUGUUUGAAAGGCAUUUUUUUCCGUCUUUAUGGGUUUGUAAUAUUAACUUGUGCUUGUUCUGUAUUGGUGUUCCUUCUCAAGCGCUCAAGUGAUUUGAAAUCAAAACAUGACCACUUACCAGGUAUAUAUAAUGAGAUAGCAUGCUUAUAUACAGAAUAUUGACACAAAGUAAAAACACCAAAAUUUCAUAGGUAAUUGAAGUAAAUUAGGUUGUAGGUCUCUCAUUCUCCAAUCAAGAUCUAAUACUAGGGUAUCGUAUCAAGCUGACAUGUACUCAGUCAGUCAGUAACAACGUAGAACUUCGUACGUACGUACAUCAGUUGGAGUUGCCACACCACAUUAGCACAGAGAUGCAGUUGUCGACUCAAAUCCCGUAGUGGUAGAGGUAAUAAGAGUAAAAGCAAUAAUCGGAACUAUUAGGGUUUGGAGAUGUUAUUUAAAGAGUAUAAUCCAGUGAAAUAAAUUUGGAAAGAGGAAAAAAGAGACAUGAAGAAUUCAGAAGAUUAGAAUUUGGGAGAGCACAGAGAGUGGAUGCACCUGCGCCAUUGCAAACGAUUUUGAGCCAUGUCAUUCAGGGUCUCUAACCGUCGGUUGCUAUCAUCUCGCGGUCCCCAACCAGGUAGUCUACACCUACCAACAUGACUCAGUCCACUUGUCAGUGACAUGUACUUCUUUAAAAUGAAUCGUAAAUAUUUGUCUAACUGAAUAGAAGCGAACUAAAUAUAUACGCUUAAAGACAAAGCGAAAUCAUAAUUAAGGAUCCUAAAGUUUUGGCUGUUACUGCUUGUUGUAUUUAUCAUAGGGUUUUUAUACCGAUUUCAGAGUAGUUUUCUAAGUGCAUGCUCUAAAGUCAGUCAGUUAUACGCAAUGUAUAAUCUUGCACAUUUGUACAUCGGUUCAGGUUGGCAUACCCGAUUAGAACAGCGAGAUGAAACUGUCAGAGCUAAUCCCACAGUAGUAGAGGUAGUAACAGUGAUGUUAGUCGAAAGAUUGGACAUAGAAGAUAUGAUUCAAAAAGGAAAAUAUGAAUUAGUGACGACAAAAGUUGUUUGAAGAAUUUAGGAUCUAAGGGAAAAGUAAAAGUAAAUGCACCUGCGCCAUUGCGGGCGAUUUUGAGUAAUGUCAUCCAAGGUCUACAACCAUUGGCGUCAAUAAUCACGCGGACGUUAGACAAGUAGUCUGAAUCUAUCUACAUGACUCAGCUCAACAGUGAUUGUCUUCGUGGAGUGACGCCACGUCUUUGAAAAUUUUCAGCUUUUUUCCAACCUACUACACACCAGCCAUCAUGGCGCGUCGACGUGGUCGGCGGGUGUGCUUGCGUAAUACAUGACCUAACCAUCUCAUUGGGUAAAGGUUCACUACCUCAUAAAUCUAUGUGCCACACUUACCUAGCAUUAUGCGUCCGUCCUCAGAAGCGCUAACUAAAUGGUCCCGAAACACGAGCGAUUCUUCGAACACACCUACGAUCGAAUACUAGUGACCUACGAAUAUCCUCUAAUUUUAGCGGCCAAAUUUUACAGAAAUAAAGUAGAACAGAGCCAAUAGCUGCUCGGUACAUUCGUUUUUUAGUUGCCAAAUGGAUAUCUUGCCCAUAUUUCACCGUCAUCUGCAAGCUAUAAGUCAACAAAAGAAUCUGGUUGUUUGAUUCCCCAAAAGUCAGGUAAUGAAUGUGUUGUCUCUGAAAGAAUGCUUGGGGCAAAGAUAAAUAAAAAUGGGAAAGCGGACAGCUCCGAUGAGCACUACUUAAAAUUAUCUAUUCCGAUGACAGUUCAUCAUAAGCUCUGUCUCAACUAGUAACUGUCCAAUGGAGAGUCUGUACAAGGUUAAUGUACUUAUUCGUUACACCUUUCGUUUAAGGACUGCUAUAAAGUUUAUCGGUCCACAACAUCAAGGGUUGCCUUAAGGUCAAGAGAUGCGACUAUGAUUUAAGGUCGGUAGAUAUGUCUGUGUCCAAAAUCUGGCAAAGGGCAAAUAUUCAGUGGGUAAAUCCACGUCUAGUCCUAGAACCAGCCUGGUUUUCUCCUCACGAACCCUAGUCAGGUGUUUGAUUAUUAUUAACGCUAAUAUUCUAAACACUGUAUUAGUCAAACCUAUCCCUAUACGGUCAUCACAAAAGUAGUUUUAUUCUUUCUUAUGAACUGGAGUGAUCAGUAAUUAAAACCAUUCAGUUCCCAGACUCCAAGUAAGAUCUCGGUCAAUCAAACAGCUGAAACUGAACUACCAUCUUUAAAGAUCUCCGAGGUCAAUCGAUCAGAGCAUGCUGCUCUUUGUCAUUUUAGAUUAACUAUUGCUUUUUCUACUUCAUUAAGAGUUGUGAAGCUUAUGUUGACAUCCCAUUCAGGUUUCAUGGUGAAAGUAGGCAAAUGAAAGGUAGCUGGAGUGCCGUUAAACUGUUCUUCAAUGUGUGCUUUGAAGGUAAAUUAUAUUCCUUAUUACACCUUAUUGGGAGUUAUCUAUAUGUCAAUAGUUGAAAUCAUGAGUUAAUUGAAGCUAGACCACGAUGGAAAACCUGGAAGCAUUGGACGGUGGUCCAGCUUCAAUUGACUUAUGAUAUCAACUAUUGAAAUUACCAUAAUAUCCACGAAAACCCCUUCUGAUAUUUAUCUAUACCUCUUAAGUUUUUGACAUUAAUUAUUUAUAACCUUCAUUUAAAAUGUACUUUGAAUAUUCGUUUCACAUUACUAUCUAAAACCAUCCUCUAUUUUAGCGAUGUGGUUAUCUGUACACAAUGGUUAAAUCUUUUAUUGGAAAUUACCCGUCAAAUGUCUACCUAACAUCUACUCGGUUUUCGCCAAUAUGGGGUGGACAAAGUCUACUUGAUAUGUUCUUGUCAUCAUUAAAAGAUUUAUCCUUUAAUAUGAGUGAUUGGGAAUGGGACUUUGUGAUCAACUUGAGUGAAAGCGAUUUGCCUAUCAGACCUAAUCAUGAACUGGUUACCUAUUUGAGUCACAAUCGGGAUAAAAUUUUUCUACGCUCAUUCAGUCAUACUGGGCAAAGGUAAUUUAUCAUCUGAUACACUUGUAAAUUUAGAAUAAUCUAAUGACCGUUUCGAUAUGCAAUAUCUCAUGUGAUUAAGACUUCAAAAUCACCUUUCAUGGAUGGAGAAUACAGCAUUGUUACAUGUAUAGUUUAUUAAUGACUAGUGCUUUUCAGUUGUUGAUGAGAACAUCAUAUAAGCGUAUUAACAAUUAUAGAAGUUCGUUGUAGACUUUAUACUAGUUCUCCUACAAACUAUCUUCAACCAUUAAGCACUAAGCAUUAUCACUUCACUCUUCUAUAAUCAGAUUAUUAUCACUGGUCAAUGGAUAUCUGUCAUUACUUGAAUCUCAAAACGGUGCUACAAACAUUUCUUGUUCGAAAUAUACCUUCACCAUUCUGAAGUGCUCAUAUAGGAGAAAUGUAGUAAUUUUAACCAUAGAAACCCUUAGGAAUGGCAAAGUACUUAUAAGCAUUCAUAAAUUAAGAGUUAAGACAACAAAGUUGAUACAAUAACUGGUACAGUUUUCCUUAACUUUGCACAUAUCAAUGGAAUCGAUUCAUUUCAGUAUUAGGAUGUUUGUGGUCUGUAUCUUAAAUGAAUUAAGUUCCUGUUUUGUCUUCACAUAGCGCUACACAUUAUAGCGUUGGUUAUUUCCCAUUUGUGUGACUUGAUCAUAAAGUUACACCAUUCAGCAAACAACGGUCCCCACUAAUUAUGAAUAUUUGAAAUCAGUUGUUGAAACGUUCUAGUAUUUCAUCCGUUUGAGUGAGAUUAAAUUUCUGAUAACUAAAAUAAAACUGGUCUUACGGCGGACACAAAUGUUCAUUUUUUGGUUGACAGGUUAACCUUUUGUUUCUAAUUUGCUUGUUUACAUUUAAAAUAAAACUAUUUGACAAGCAACAGCUUACGUUUGCAUACAGUUCUACUAAACAUAUUCUGUCAACUUACAGUAAAGGAUUAUCUCCCACUGAUACUAUUCGUUCCUUAGAAAUUCCGUUUUAAGCAACAAUUUAAUCGGUGUUACAUGUUAUAAAACACUGUUUGACAGUUUCAGCAUGAAAUUCGUAUUUGGCCCAGUUAAUGCCGUAAAGGCUUUCCUAAUUUUCAUCUGUUAUCAUUCUAGUUUCUUAAGAAAUCAAGGUUUUGGUCAGUUAUUCCUCGAAUGUGACUCAUAUGUAUGGCACCUAGGUGAACGAUCGGUCCCAUCUGGAAUUAUUUUAGACGGUGGUUCUGACUGGAUGAUACUGCCUAAAAUAUUUGUGGACUAUGUUAUUUACAGUGAUGCUAAUUUAUUACGCGAUAUCAAGGAAUACUUCCGCUAUAGUUUGCUACCAGUUGAGGUAAGUAUAUUUUAUACAAAGAUAGUGUAAGUUUUAUACUUAGUAUUUUUCGUAAUGUUAACAUGUCCCCCAAAUGGUGUUGAUGAUUCAAUUGUAAACCAGUAGGUCGAGCGUUUAGAUUCCGAAACGUUCAUUUUCGUUUGGGAGGUCGGAUAACAAAUAUUUUUAGUCCUAAAUUGUGAAUCUUCAUAGAUUGGAGUGACCGAGACGUAUACCUAACCACCACUUACCCCCAUUUCCACUACUGGAGGGAGUAGAAGUGGGUUGGGAAAAUGCCAGGGGCGGCUAAACUAAAACGUGUCAUCAAUCCAUAAAACCAUUGAUUGCUAGACUGGCUUCAAGAGAUAUAUCCUGGAGUUCUAGUGAGAAGCAGUGACCAGUGGAGUUCAACCGGGUCACUUGUGAGGUAGUAACUCACUGAUGACAAUGGUAGAUGUGUCGCUCAAUUCCGUGGACUAGUUGAAGUUAGACAUUAACACCGUUGGGUGCCGGCUCAGUGGUCUAGUUGGUUAAGCGCCUGGUGCGAGACUGAUAGGUCCUGGGUCCGAAUCCCGUGAGGCGGGGUCGUGGAUGCGCACUGCUGAGGGGUCCCAUAAUAGGACGAAACCGCUAUCCAGUGCUUCCAGGUUUUCCAUGGUGGUCUAGCUUCAAUUAACUCAUGAUAUCAACUAUUGAAAUUACUACAAUCUCCACAAAACCCCUUCUGAUAUAUUUUUAAUAUUUAUCCUCGUCAAAUAUUAGUAAUACUCAAUUAUUAUCCAUCUUGUCUAUUUUACCUCGUUUUGCUGAUUUGGUGUAGCAGCUUGGUCUAACAUACAUUUGUAUCAUGCUCAAUGUUGAUUGUAACAAACGAAUCAUACAAUAAAUGCAAAUCGAUUAUCAGUAUGUACGUGCACUUGUUUAUUCUUUUUAUUAGAAUGGGGGUUUGUGGGGAUUGUAGUAAUUUUUUGGUAGUUGGAUUCGUGAGUCGAUUUAAGAUAGACCAUUAUUGAAAACCUGGAAACACUGGAUGACCGUACUAGGACGAAGCGGCUGUCCAGUGUUUCCAGGUUUUCAACGGUGGUCUAGCUUAAAUCGAUUCAUAAAUUCAAAUAUUCUUUUUGUCUCCGGGUGAAUUGAUUUCCUUUCUACAGUUUCAUCAUCACAACAAACAUAAAGUUCAUUUGCGACGCAGUGAGAUUUCACUACUAGCUCAAAUAGCAAAACAAAAUUAGGCAUCCAGCAUUUUGUUGAGCAUCAUUUUAAUUCUUAUGAACGAUGUUUAUUAAUUAGAUUAAUAUUUUUGGUAAAUUCAGAUUUCAGUAAUGUUCUAACUAACCUGAAUGCUAUUUGUAUAGCACAUACCAUUUUUGGUGGCCAUUUGUUCCAGUUUUUACGUACAGCAAAUAAAUAAAGUGGUCUUGUAUAACUUUGAAUAUUUUCUUAUUCUGUCUUUGUUCCGAUGUCCCCUCAUACAUCUUUCCACCCUCCAUAUUAUCCUGAUCACUUGUCGUAACUGAUGUAAUGUCAUCUAAUUCUUGUCUAAUUCUAUCGACUGGGUCUCAGUAUUGUUCUCAUUCUAAGUGACUUAGCAUAGCGAUUCACUUGGCUUGAUAUUAGGUGGUUCCCUCAAGAUCGAUGAUUCCCCUUGAUGACAACUGCCGACUAACAAAAAACCUAGAUCAGUGACUUCCUGCCACUUGUCUUCAACCGUCGCUAACAUUCGUAAACAUGCGUUAAUUGUUAGACGAUGUUAUUUCAUUUUUUCUUUAAAAAAUGACAACUUUCUUUUAUGACUUGUGAUAACAAUGAUAAAUUCCAACUACACAUUGGUACCAGGAUACCUAAGCUUCUAUUCUUCUCCAGCCCCGUCUAUUCCAAAAUGCAAACCUAUGUGCGUUUCUGAAAAGUGUACAACCUUUCGUUGUACAAGUUACAAAGACCCAAUCGGAGAUAUCGUGGUUGCUGGCAAUAUGCAGCGAAAAGAAUGUACAUUAUUUAGAUGUCGAUUUACUUGACUGUUAACUUCUAACUGGCGACCACUCAACAUUUAUCGUCAAGAUCGACCAAGAAACAGAAACGUGUUGAAAUAUUUUGUGCUGAGAAUUUUAUAUUGUACCAAAAAUAUACGAUUGAUAUGUUAUAUCCUAGUGAAGAUUAAAUUACGGGUAACUUCUGAGAACUAUUAAUAGACUAAUAUUACAUAUAUUCCUAUUGUAUAACUGUUCAGUAACUAGAUUGUGUAUAUCGCUAUUCCUCUUAUUGUAAGCUUCAUUUUGACUUAUAGACUAUUAUUAUACGAUUUACCGUUCAGUUUAUUGAUUACAGUCUCCCACGUUCACAGCCACUUUUUGGCUUGAUCUUAACAAAUAUUAUUUCCUAUUUUAUUGUGUGAUAUGGUCCGUUUGGCUUGUAUAUAAAGCGAUUAUGUCUGAAAUAAAUGAUUCGCAUAGUGGGAGCUGUUAUUGGCAUUCUGGACUCAACUGACAGGGCUAGGCGAACAAAGGACCAAUGAGGACGCUAGGUUGCUCAUGCUGGUCGAUAAGUAAUUAGUUAGGCAGUGCUAGGAUUACAUAAGUCUUAUUUCAAUUGGCUAACAAGUCACGUGAUAAUAAGCCGGUCUUAAAGUCACAACAAAAUAAAGCUAAUAAAUAAAUAAAUAAAUAAUUCCAAAGAUUAACUAUUUAAACUCUCCCAUUUAUAUAUACAUUACAUGUGCUAACUACUAGUGAAGGAAAUUGUUUCACUGAACGAAUACCACACAAAGUUGAAACAAAUGAAUAUCCUUAUCAAUGGGUGAAAAGUCACACUAGAAUAAUUAAUACAAAGGUUUCACUGACUGAAAGUAUCUAGAAAGAUAUUCAGAGGUACUUUAUUGUUUGCGGGCGGCCCGGAAAUAUUUCCUAUGCACAGGUGAGUAAAGUGUUUAGUCCAUCGACCCUUACCCACAACUACUUUGUACAGUACCAUUAUUUGGAUUCUGGCUAUAUACUCUUCUGUUCAGUUAUGGUUAGGCAGGUAGUCACGGAGAAACACUAGUGUGUAAACUUGGGAUUCUGGGAAAGCAUCAUAAGAUAGUGAGUUGUUUUUAGUUUUCUACCGAUGAAGGCUUCCGCUGAAGACAAUUUCUCGGGCGCCGUGUCAUUAGGCCUAGUGUGGCAUGCAGAUAAGAAACUUUGUAAACUUUCUACCAGUUUCUAUCUUCUGAUUUUUGCAGCGCUUAUCUAAAGGUGUGGACGAAAUGUUCAGCUUUUCCACUUGAUUGUGGGUGGUAAAGUGACGAAAGAACCCUUUGAAAUGUCCCAGUGUGAAGUACGAUUCGUCACUUAAUGCCAAAAUCAAAUGGAAAGGUUCAGCUCCCUAGUAAGAUGAAUCUACAUCUUGAGAGAACUAUCUAACAUAAAAAGUUAAUUCCAUAACUAAUUCAGGAGGUUUCUUACCACAGCAAUUAAGUCAUUUUACUGAUGGAAGUGUAAUGAAUAAAGCUGAAUGGAUUUUAGAAAGGCUAAUAGUGAUACAAAACAAUCUAAGGUAAUUUUUCGUGCUGGUCCCACUAAUUCUUCGUCUUCUUAAGAUUUAUGUGAUUCAUUUUCUGUUAGUUUUGCUUCAAUGUGUUGUUUCAUCAGACGAUUAUCUGAAAUUGAGAUGGUGGAGAAGAUUUGUAGCUCAGGUGGAUGAUUUUGGUGGUGUUUUGUUCUCUGAGCUGGAUGGACCAAACCAUCCAGCUCAGAGAACAAAACACCACCAAGAUUAUCUGAAAUGCUGCAAGGUCAUCCUAUCCAAUCAUGCUUUGUUUUAAACAGCCAUCCACUACGAUAUCAAGCCGAUUCAUUUUAGACCAAAAACCGUGGGUUUUUUUUUAAUAUAUCUAUUUAUAUCUUUUUACUUACAGAGCUUUUUUCAUACUGUUGCGCAAAACACUCACUUUUGCACCUCAGUCAUCAAUCAUUAUCUACGGUUUAUCAAUUGGAAAAGACCACAAGGUUGUGGCUGUAAAUAUGGCAGUGUGGUUGAUUGGUGUGGUUGUUCUCCACUUGCAUUGAACGGACCAAAAGAUGCAGAACUUUUAUGUGAAUUAACCGGGAAGUGUUUAAAGCCAGAUUACGGAUUACAGCCAUUAUUUUUUGCUCGCAAAUUUGACUCAACUAUUGAUCUGGGGAUAAUAAAUUUUGUUGUAUAUAAAUUGUUAGAGCGUUCCGAUGGAGCAGGUAGUCUAGUUCAAGAUUCAUUUUUCGUCCAAAUUAUUUUGAUAUCAUAGUGAUGAGUUAAAUUAUUCAAAUAUAAACGUAUAUGGGUUUUGAUGUAACUGCAUUUGGAUAGAUUUGAUUAAUUUAGGGAGAAAUAAUUCUAUUAGUUCAGUGAAAUUUAUAGUUUUUGGCUAGAAAUCAGAAAUACCCAUUGAAAUUAUCCUCUCUUUUCCAAAUAUUAUAUGCAUUAGACAUAAAUCUCAUAAAAGUUGUCCUCAGUUUUUGUGGACUAUAUUUUGUUGACUGUUUUUCUAAUUAUCAGUAACUAUUUUACGCUAGCAAUGUCUCGAUCGUGUUUGACGUAUAGAUAAGCUUCAAAUAUCAUUUAAAAUGUUAGCCUGUAUUUCACCUUAUGUACCUUAAUACAAAAUUGUAGAAAAAAUUCAUGUAAAGUUCCUCGCUCCAUUUUAACUGGAAGUUGGGAUAGCAAUCUAACAGCUGUGUUCAGUCUACUUUUUACCCAGACUAUAGUUAAAUCCAUUCAAUCUGUAAAACAAGCUGCAGAAUUUGCGUAGUAUAUUUAUUGUGUCCUGAGAUCCGAUUUUGGUUGUUAAUGCAUCCUUUUAAGUGCUCUAUCAACCGGCUAACCAGAGCGGGAGACAUAAUAAUAAACACAACUCCGUCAAUGUAAUUUGUCGAACUGGUCCAUGCAGAAACGUGGUGGGAUCACUUUAGAUAAGUGAAUAGUUCACCUCCCCGCACUUGCGCCACUCACCUUACGAGGUGGUUAGUGUAUAACAUGGUGUCUGGUGUGAAAGAAAGCUGCAAAGGGCUGGGGUCCGAGAGAUGGUCCAACACAUUGGAUAGAGACAUUAUCAGAUAUGGCUUAGAAUAGAAGCCAGUGGCGAUCCUGCUGUAACCUUCUUUUACUUUCUUUAUAAAAAGUGGUUGUAUCUUCCUUAACUGAAAGAAUUCUUCUGGUUGUACCUUUCCGUUUCCCCCAUUAUUAUUACUACACUACCUUACACUAAUCUGUGGUCUCUAUUGUUCUUCUUUUCUCUUAUACGCUCCUUACCUUCUUUUUUCUUUUCCCAUUGUUUUGUGUGGUGCAUAUAUAUUUGGUCCCCCCUUGUACCAAUAUUUAUGUGUUCAAAUAAAUAAAUAACCCACCUUACUGUGUACUUACGACAAGAUAUGACCCUUUUGAGUUCGUCCAGUAUAGCAAUGCUGAUUCUUCAUUUAUCAGUCCAAUUUUUUUCUUUUGUUUCAGUUAACCUGCGUAACGAUAACUAUUAUUUGGAAAAUAUCUACUCAAAAGAGGAGGAUUCAUUAAUAGAGAAUCCACAUCGACAAACACUGUAUUUAGCUUUGAAGUGUUUAUCAAAGAAACUAAUGUAUCAAUUUUUACGAAAUUCUAACUACAAUCCUGAUUUGUUGUAUGCAAAGUCAUCGCUUUUAAAUAGUUUUGCGUUGUUCAAUGCAACAGGUUGGGAAGAAUUCUAUCAUAUUCCGUCGAAUGAGCUAUUGAAUACAUGGGUUAAUAAAAGGAACAUUGUACCUCCAUUAGUAAUACAAAUUCGGCUGACAGAAUUUACAAAUUUGAGUACUAUUAACGAUAGAAACCACUUUAUCGUAGAAUUCCUGGUACAUCCACCAUCACUUAGUUUCACUACUGUAGAUACCAUUAGUAACUUAUUACCCGGUGAUAUUGGGUUUCUAGAAAUCAGUUCAAAUUUCGAUGUCAAAGAACAAAUAUUUCGUAAUUAUCCACGUUUUUUAACGUUACAAGAAACCUUAACUAUUUUAGUAUUAUGGAAAGGAAAUUCUGAUCAUAAAAUAUACAAAACUUCAGUUGUAUUCACUUUAAUCAAUCCUUUAGGUAUACCUUGUUUGAAACAACUCAAAUUACCACUUAUACAAAAUAAACAUACUCUUCGGUCAUUGGCUAUGCCAGAACUAUAUAUCACUACGAGUCUAUUUAAAAACACAAUUUUAAUGAAUUGUGUACAAAAACAUGUUAAUAUUGUUCCUGGUGAAUGGACUAUUAUUGCCGUAACUUCAAGUGGACAGAUUAGUCGUGCCAAAUUCGUUCUAUCUGACCCAUUGAAGCUUAGCCAGUCAUUAAGACUUCCUUAUAAAUUAUUGGCAGACGAGAAAUUGUUCGAUUCAAAGUCGUGGAAUUCUGUUCAAGUGACUGACUUUUGUAUAAUCCAACAGUCGACUAAAGGGAAAUCGAAUUCGUUGUAUACUAAUAAUAUUACCUUUCGCAUUUUUAACAGUUUGUUAAAUGAUUUUCGUCGAAAUUGUACUUCUGUUCAGUGGAGUUCCUUUUUUAAAUAUUCUCAUUUGUAAUUCCUUUUUAUUUGCAAUUUUUUUUACCAGAUCUGCUUCCCUCUUUGUAAAUAUUCACAGUUUAGCUUUAAUUAUAUUCACAUUUUUCAAAGAAAUAUUGUUUUGUUAUCUAUGGAAAUAUGCCACGUAUCCCAAAAAGGCGCCAUGAAUAAAUCAUAUCCAGUCUGGUAUAGUAGAUGCUACAUCUCUUCCAGUAAAAGUACGUUUAAUAAUCUAAUUAACUGCGAUGAAGUUAACAACAUUGUAGUAGUUGUAAAAUAGAAACAAUUGCUGGCCUGUCGCCAAACUUAGCAGGGAAUAAUAAGUCUUUGGAUUUACGUCUUCAGAAAAAAAUCAUUUGAAAUAAAAUAGAAUAAGAAAUCUGUUAAGGAAGGUUUUCUGCAUAAGAUAUUAUGGUUCUUGUUG